CCUGGAGUAUCCAGAUGGCGUGUGGCAGCGGGAAGGUCACCAUCCAGCUGGUGGACGAGGAGGAAGGACCUGGAGCCCGGGACCCGAAGCCUUUUAGAGGCCAGAGCUAUGAGGCAAUCCAAGCAGCCUGCCUGGAUGAGGGGAUCCUGUUCCGAGAUCCCUACUUCCCUGCUGGCCCAGAUGCUCUUGGCUAUGACCAGCUGGGGCCGGACUCAGAGAAGGCCAAAGGAGUAAAAUGGAUGAGGCCCCAUGAGUUUUGUGCUGAGCCCCAGUUCAUCUGUGAGGACAUGAGCCGGACAGAUGUGUGUCAGGGGAGUCUGGGUAACUGUUGGUUUCUUGCUGCUGCUGCCUCCCUCACUCUGCACCCCCGACUCCUGUGCAGAGUGGUGCCCCCUGGACAGGGUUUCCGAGAUGGCUAUGCAGGCAUCUUCCACUUCCAGCUCUGGCAGUUUGGCUGCUGGGUGGACGUCGUGGUGGAUGACAGGCUGCCUGUGCGUGAGGGGAAGCUGAUGUUUGUGCGCUCAGAGCAACGGAACGAGUUCUGGGCCCCCCUUCUGGAAAAGGCCUAUGCUAAGCUCCACGGUUCCUAUGAGGCGAUGCGAGGUGGCCACAUGAACGAGGCUUUCGUGGACUUCACAGGCGGUGUGGGGGAGGUGCUCUACCUGAGGCAAGACGUCCCAGGCCUCUUCUCCGCCCUGCGCCACGCCCUGGCCAAGGAGUCCCUCGUGGGUGCCACUGCCCUGAGUGAUCGGGGCGAGUACCGUACAGAAGAUGGGCUGGUGAAGGGACAUGCCUAUUCAGUCACGGGGACGCACAAGGUGUCACUGGGCUUCACCAAGGUGCAGCUGCUGCGGCUGCGGAACCCAUGGGGCCGUGUGGAGUGGACCGGGGCCUGGAGCGACAGUUGCCCGCGCUGGGACGCGCUCCCCACUGAGUGGCGAGAUGCCCUGCUGGUGAGGAAGGAGGACGGUGAGUUUUGGAUGGAGCUGCAGGACUUCCUCCGACACUUCACCACAGUCCAGAUCUGCUCACUGAGCCCCGAGGUGCUGGGCCCCAGCCCGGCCGGAGGGGGCUGGCACACCCAUAUCUUCCAAGGCCGCUGGGUGCGAGGCUUCAACUCCGGCGGGAGCCAGCCUGCUGCCGAAACCUUCUGGACCAACCCCCAGUUCCGGCUGACGCUGCUGGAGCCCGACGAGGAGGAUGAAGAUGAAGACUGGCCCUGGGGGGGCUGCAGGGCUGCAGGGGCUCGACGCCCUGCCCGAGGGCGCCGAGUCCCCAAGUGCACUGUCCUCCUGUCACUCAUCCAGCGCAACCGGCGGAGCCUCAGGGCCCAGGGCCUCACGUACCUCACUGUGUGCUUCCACGUGUUCCAGAUCCCAGAGGAGCUGCUGGGCCUGUGGGACUCCUCGCAGAGUCGCGCGCUCCUGCGGGGCCUGCUGCGCGCCGACCGCUCGCCCCUAAGCGCCCGUCGCGACGUGAGCCGCCGCUGCCGCCUGUGCCCCGGCCACUACCUGGUGGUGCCCAGCGCCGCCCGCGAGGGCGAGGAGGCCGACUUCACACUGCGCAUCUUCUCCGAGCGCCGCCACACCGCCGUGGAGAUCGAUGACGUGAUCAGCGCCGAUCUGCACGCUCUGGCGGCCCCCAACAUUCCCCUAGAGCUGGGGUUGGAGCAGCUGUUUCAGGAGCUGGCAGGAGAGGAGGAAGAACUCAGUGCCACUCAGCUCCAGACCUUAUUAAGCAUCGCCCUGGAGCCUGCCAGAACCCACACCUGGACCCUCAGAGAGAUUGGACUCAGGACCUGUGAGCAACUGCUGCAGUGUUUUGGGCAUGGGCGACGCCUGGCCUUUCACCACUUCCAGCAGCUCUGGGGCCACCUCCGGGAGUGGCAGGCCAUAUUCGACAAGUUUGACCAGGAUGUGUCUGGGACCAUGAACUCCCACGAGCUGAGGCUGGCGCUGAAUGCUGCAGGCUUCCACCUCAACAACCAGCUGACCCAGGCACUUACUAGCCGUUACCGGGACAGCCGUCUGCGUGUGGACUUUGAGCGCUUUGUGUCCUGUGUGGCCCAGCUAACCUGCAUCUUCCGCCACUGCAGCCAGUACCUGGACGGGGGCGAGGGUGUCAUCUGCCUGACCCGCAGACAGUGGAUGGAGGUGGCCAACUUCUCCUAGAAUCUCGGCACAGGAGCACCUGUAGCUGGAGGUGGGAGAGCUGCUGGGAGCCCUGCCUUUCUGUCAGCUUGGACCAGGGUUUAUGCCACAGCAAGGGGGUCCUGAGCCAAACCAGCCUCCCCCGGCCCCUCCACCUCCCUGCCUGGCAUUAUGGGGGAUGAUGCUCUGACAUCAGGCAACGGUUCAGAGCAUGGCCUUGGGAGCCGGCCUGCCUGGAGUUGAUUUCUGGCCCUACCACUCACCAGCUGGGUGACACUGGGCAGGUCACUGCCCUUUUGUGCUCUGCUCUCCUCGCCUAUAAACAGGGAGGACGGCAGCGCUCUUCUUGGGCAGGCUACAUGAGUCAGUGCUGGGUGCUCAGAACAGUGCCUGGCCUUGACUGGGCCCCCAGCAGCACUCUUAUUUUACACACUCAUGGGGAACAGGGAUUGUGGCACCCCCAGAUCCCGCCUCGCUCUGAGGAGAGGUACUGCAUCACUGCCCUGCUGAAAAGUGGAGAGGAGAGCUAGAAAAAGAGAAGAUACAGUAGACGCCUUCUUAAAAAUAUUACAUGUUUUAUUAUCCUGUCCCCAGAAGGGUGGUUUAUCCAGAAACCAAGAAAAAAAUCAGAA